UUCACUCGUAGUGAUGGGCUUAUUGCACAAGUCGCAGAACCGCACCAAACCCGAUGACCCCGCGCUGUGGUUCUCCAUGGUUACGCGUCGGGGUUAGAUCUGACUGCGCGGCAGCCUGAUUUUGGAGAUGAGAUUCGACGAGACAGAAAGAAAAGAUGAAGGUAAAUGGGUAUUCAAGGCUUCAACUAAUUUCAUCAACUAACGGGUAUUUUGAUGACGUAUUUGUCAGCAGGACGACUGGGGAUCGUCGACUUCUCUUGGCCCCGUAUAUCUACGCGUGGGACUAUGGAGUUUUUCAAGUUAACGAGGUGGACCUUUUUUGGCGCCGAGAAUUGAAGCUGGAGACAAGUAAACGCGUUUACGCGCCACAGCGAUUCUACACCUACGUUCAUUCCUAUCUCCGUAGAGAGUUACUAAGAUCUGACUUGCGAAUGAUGCCUUUAUUCCCGUUCCCAUUCCCAUAUACACGGGCUACCACCGGACAUUCGGCGAUACAUCGCCACGUGCAGCUAGCAUCUCGUCAACUCACUGUGCGCACGCAAUUCCAUUCUCAAGUGCCUCUCUUCCCUAUCAAUAACAACAACCCCCAUCCUUCCUCAGCCGAGCCCCCAUCCCCGAGCUGGCGAUGUCCUUUUACCAUUCGCCAACAUCAUCUCUGCACCGCCGCUGCUCCCCCUUCGAUAAGGCGAGCCGCUGACAUGCAUAAACAAGCUCUAAGCACCUCUACGCCGUCUCCGCAGGGUCCUUUGUUCGUGCGGGUUGGGGCGUCUAACCGGCGAUCCUUCGUCGACGCCAGUCAGCCACGCCGUGCGUUGCCUCGCCAGCCAAUCGCCGUCCGCGCGCGCAGUCCCAACAAACGGCGCAAGUCGUCGAAUUCUGUUGAUUCUCCGCGGCGAUCGCUCCUGGGAUCCGCCGCGGCGUUCUUAUCUCCCGAGCGGCCAAUCGGCGGGAUAAGACAGCUAGCCCCCCAGUCGAAAUAGACGAUAGCGAGGACCCCGACUUGCGCCCGCGGCCUCUCAGAUACAGCGCCGGCGCGCCGGGACCUGCGCGGCGAUUGGCGGCGCAGGUGUCGCAGAGCGGCGCAGAUGCACCUGGGGCGAAGGCAGCGCGGU